AUGGGAGGUGACAGUGCAGCAGAGGAUCGGGCCCGGGCGAUGAAAGAUGAUGACGAUGCGGAUGAGUGGGACAAAAGAAUAGACAACACAGGAUGCGCCGUCGAAAAUGCUCGUAUGACGGACUGUUAUUACGAAAAGAAGGAUUGGCGCGCAUGCAAGGCAGAGAUGGAUGCAUUUCGCAAAUGCUGGGCCAAGCAUGGGAAUGAUCAGAGGACGGCGACGAAAGAUGUAUGA